AUGUCGAGUUUCUCAUGGCAGACACACAAAGAUUCAUCAGGCGACUGAGGCUCCGGGAAUUCUUCCACAAACUCCAAGAUGUCAGUAGCAAGCCCAAUGAGACAACCAAUGAGCCAGAACCUGUCGAUAGAGAGAUCUGCAGUGCAGCAACCAAAGAGGAAAGAGUCGAAUUGGACCACUCCGGAGGGCAGCUGCCCUAGGCUCAACAGCGGAAAAGGACGACUGGAAUGGUGGAGCGGUGCUUAUUUUUGAGUGGUGAUCAGGAUGUGGAGGCAACCUGCAAGAGAGCAAGUACUCUUGCUAAGAAAUUUACACCUUCAGUUGCAAAAUCGUGGAAUCAAUGUGGCAAAGGUUUUCAAGCAGUUCCAUCAAUGGAAGGUAGCAAGUCUAUGGGAGAAGAGAAAACGGUAAUCCGUAGUCUCACAUCUGUACUUCAAUCUGACAGAGCAGGUCCUGGCAGUCAGAGCUCUGAAGAAAUUGCAGAAAUCACAUGGAGCUCCAGUGACAGUGAUUUGUCAGGUGGAGAGUUACUGAUGAAUAAUUUGAAAUAUUUGAAGAAAAGAAGAUCUGUCCUGAAAGACCAAAGUACAGAGAACUCAUAUCAUAAAUACAUCUGCAUGAUUAAUUCAUUAGCAGACAGCCAGUCCAGUGAAGAAGAUAUACCCCCUAUUGAUUGGGACAGUUUGAGUGACAAAGGUGCAACUUCUGACGAAAUAGAGUGCUCGGUCGAUCCCAACUGUAUCGAUUCAGAUACAUCAAGUAGCCAUAAUGGGGACAACAGAAACUAUGUAAUUCAGCAGUCUGAAUCAUUAAUGACAGCCGAAGAUAUUUUGGAGUUUUCAUCUGAUAAUGAAAGCACAAAAGAACGUGAGUGGUGCACAAAGUCCAUUCCAUCUACUUCUGCAUCACCACCUAUACCUAAUUGUGGAUCAGAACAUGGCAGGACCAUGCGAUCAGCAAGCAACUGGUUGAAAAGUGCACAAUCAUUUCUACAGACGCCUGACAAGCAAAAGAGAAAACAAUUCAAAACUCCAGAAGAUUCUGCCAAAAAGAGAAAGAAAUUGAUGAGGGGAGGGCUAGCAGAGAGAUUAAAUAGACUACAGUGCCGAGAAAGGUCUGCCAUCAACUUUUGGAAGCAUCAGUCUCUAGCUGAUUUACAUACUCAUACAGGUAGGCAAGAUGAUAUUUUGACGGUGAAAGUUUUGGAUUUGCAUGAAGAAUGUUCAAUGUUUAUAGCUUCGUGUCAGCCAUUGAGGGGAACAUCCACAGACCAUGCUAUUGAAAAUGAUGCAUGCUCCAGUAAAACACCACUAAAGGUUUUAUUCACAAGAGAAACAGCAUUACACCUUGGGAUCUGUGCAGGCAAUUCUGUUCGCAUCUACCCACCAUGCGAUAUUGGCAUCACAGUCAUUUUAGCAUUAGGAAAGGUGAAAUCCAUGUCACAGAGAUCAUUGAAUUUUUGCGGGCUGGUUCCUUUGAGGCAAAAACUUGAUAUCCAGGAUGGAAACACUUGUGCCAUUUUAUGCACUUACUUCAGUCAGAAGAUGAUUACUGGAACAAAGUCUGAUUAUUGCUGUCCGGGAAAAUCAGUGGUGUGCAGGAAAGCUCCAAUGUCUUUAAGUGUGAAAUUUAACCUUACUGAUUCAAGAGAAAAAUGUUAUUCCGUUGAUCAGGAUACAACAAUCAGGAAUGUCGGAAGUCUAUUCCCGAUUCCACAGGAGGAGGUAAUGAAAGUGUUGGACUUUAAGCAUCAUUUGUCAACUAUCAAUGUAUGUGACUCACUUCUCGAAGUAAUUGAAAGCCAGGGAGCAGCAGGAUGGGCAAAACAAAACUUGAAAGUUGUUAUACAGAGAGUGUACUGUCUUCCUAUUAAAGAAGUUCUUCACAAUCAAUUGAUCAGAAACAACCAACAAGAUCAUCCUCUACCUUCAAAUGUAGGUCAACAAAAUGCAAGGUUAUGUUUUCUAGUGCAAGAUAUGUAUGGUUUAUUUGGUGAAGUUCAUCAUCAUACGUUUUGCUCAUUGGAAGAGGACAUGCAGAUUCAAAGUGCCUGCUGGGAAGGAAAGGAAUGCUAUCUAACAGGAAUGAAGGUUCUGCAGAGAACAACGAGAGGGAGGUCUUCAGGACUGUUCAGUCUGAUUGAUAGUCUUUGGCCUCCACUGAUUUCUCCAAAGGUCCAUGGCCAAAGCCAAGGCAGCCAAGAGUCAAUAGAUUUGAUUACUGAUGUGCAGUUGCCUGCUCCAAGUUUUUGCUAUGUCCUUGCACCUCUUCCAGGAGAGGGGGGAAUAAAGGUGCUUCAAAAUGAAAAUGUCUCUGACCUCUACCAGCCAUCAGCAUCACACAAUUUGAAGCAUAUUCUUCAGCAUGUUCCUGAACAACAUCGAUGUAGUUUCAGUGCAGAAGUCAUUUACACCAGAUUCCAGGAGCAAACUGCCUAUCACCAAAAAAGUAAGGACUUUUGGUUGUUUGUGAUUGAUUCAUCACUGCAGUCUUCAGGUCAUAAUUCCGGAGUACCUAAAACACUCUCAGUCUAUGUUACAUCAAGCUGCAUUCUCGGUCUUGAAGUUAUUAAAUCACUGAAUGAUAAAACAUCCAGCAACAUUUUCUUCAAGGAUGCCAUAAUCGAGAAAGGCUUUAUUGUGUGUGCCGAAGGUACCAUACUUUCAGUCAACAGAUUGAUGUUGCAAAGUGAUGAAAAUGAGAGAAUUUCUUCAUUGACUGGAAACAUUGUCCUCAAUGAACUCAAUGCUUUGACCAAAGUAAAUUCUUUAUGUACAGUCCAAGGAAUUGUGGUUGGUGUUGAUGAGGCUAAUGCUUUUUCGUGGAUAGUUUGCAACAGAUGUGGAAAUGGAAAACUGGAAAAGAAACAUGGAGAAAGUGAAUCAUUUUACUGCUGUCCAUGUGCCCAGUCUGUGAUGACACCGCUUACAAAAAUGCAAUUGGAAGUGUUUCUACAGUAUCCAGACCUGCCCCAUAGUACUAUAAAAAUCAAGCUUCUAGAAUCAAGUAUUUCAUCUCUUCUGCUGCAUUCAUCCAGUGAUGAAGGGGGCUAUGAGGUAGACGGUGUACUUGGCCAGGAGUUGGGACCUCUCAGCUGCUACGUCCGCUCUGUAACACAUCAGCCAGCAAGCUGGAUUGGAUUAGAGGAAGUUAGUUUGCUAUACACUCAGUGAAAAUGAAAUUCUUGGUCAUCAGCAUUUGUUGUGUAUUGGUAGCUACAACUGCAUUUCUUAAAGUUUCUGAUGUGAAGAUCUAUUUCAUUAAAUAUUUAUAAAUGAUGCAUUACAAAUAAAAUAA